GAGGCGCCUUUUCUGAGCUCAUGUUGUUUGGAAAAGUAGCGUUUACUUUCCUCAGGGCCGAGAGUGUUUUAGCCCAGAAAAGAAUUAAAUUCAUAUCUGUACUAAACCACGUAAACAGAAACUCAUCCGUUUAGGCUGAAUUAUACAAAAUGGCCUCUAAAAAGAAGCGAACGCCUAAUGUACAAAAUGACAGCUGGGUUGUCGUUGCUGCAGACUCUGUCAUCGACACACAGAAGCCCGACAGUGAUCCAGCUUUUGUGAGACUAAGGAAUCCAUCUACAGAUGCAGCAUCUCUGUAUAUGCUGGGUAGUGGUGAUAUGCAGCUGUAUGAGGUCAAAGCAUUUGAAGAAGAUUUCCACUCCUGGUUUGUUGGUCAGACUGUACAAAGAGAUGGGAGACUCCUGUUCAUAACACCAAUGGAUCCUCUCUAUCUCAUUUUGCCCUAUUUGAUUACGGCUGGAAAAGAGGGGAAGUUCCAGCCUGUGGAUCAGGUUGUUAUGGAUGAGGAAUUCCCAGUUUGCUCAAGGCUGCUGAGCUGCACACGUUCCCUGGCCACCCUGCACCACAUUGCCGAGGAAAAAGAGGUGGGAAGCCGGAAAUUUCAUCGAUACAGCCAAGAGAAGACAAUGAACUGGUUAAAGAAAAAGGUGGAGAGGACAGUCGUUGCCCUCAAGAAGAGAAAUAUCUCAGUGGGAGAAGGAGUCAAAUCCACAACAUAUGUCAGAAUGAAGUCAGAAUCAGACUACCAUGAGGAGGACUACCUUCGCUAUGCCCACGGCCUGAUAUCGGAGUACAUCAGUGAAGACCUGAGCAAAGCCCUCCUCAAACACCUGCAGUUACCAGAGCUCACAAGCCCAAAGGAAACAGAGCCGCCCUCCAAGAAGCGGAAACUGUCAGAUAAACCGGUGGAGGCCGGAGAGGACUACACCAAAUUCAACAGUGCAGACUUUUCGCGGAAACCACCCAAGAAGAUGACGGCUGCUCAGAAAACUCUGGCUAAGGUGGACAAGACCGGCAUGAAGCCUAUGUCAUCCUUCUUCAGCCCCAAGGGCAAGGCAGAAAAGAAAUGAAUGUUGUAUAGUUUCUGGUUUGUACAUGAUAAAUUUGUAAUAAAGAAAAGAAAACAUGA